CCUUGAAAGGAAGCAUAUAUUGCCUUCAAUUCAACUCAACUUUCACACACUCUCUCUGCUAAAGCUUUAAUUUUUCUCUUUUUGUUGUUCUUCAUUUCUUUGUUGCUUUCACUCUCGAACUCUUUUUAGGGUUUCUUAGUAACAAAGCAAGGUGAUCACUUUAGGGUUUUGUUAUAUAUUAAUGGAGGAGAGACAUGAUCAUGGUGAAAAUAUAGAGGAACUAAUGCUGCCAGGGUUUCGUUUUCAUCCAACCGAUGAAGAACUUGUUGGGUUUUACCUUAAAAGAAAGAUUCAACAAAGGCCUCUUCUUAUUGAACUCAUCAAACAAAUUGAUAUCUACAAAUAUGAUCCAUGGGAUCUUCCAAAGCUGGCUGGUAGUGGAGAAAAGGAGUGGUAUUUCUACUGUCCUAGAGAUAGAAAAUAUAGGAACAGUGCGAGGCCUAACCGUGUCACUGGAGCUGGGUUUUGGAAGGCCACUGGCACUGAUCGCCCAAUCUACUCAUCUGAUGGCAAUAAGUGCAUUGGGUUGAAGAAAUCGCUUGUUUUUUACAAGGGGAGAGCUGCUAAAGGUGUUAAAACUGAUUGGAUGAUGCAUGAGUUUCGUCUCCCUUCUAUCACUGAUCCAGCUCCAACUAAGCGAUUUGUUCAUAAGACCCUUCUUGCAAAUGAUUCAUGGGCAAUAUGCAGAAUAUUCAAAAAGACCAACUCCACAGCUCAAAGAGCUCUCACUCUCUCUUCAAACCCACCAUUAUCUGACGAUAUCCCAAAAGCUAAUGACACAUUUUUCCCCACAAAAACCCCAUUUCCCUCAUAUGAAACCCACCAACCUUCCAUUUCCAACGCUUACCCUUUUGACUUUGUAGCCUCAUGUAAGCCAUUCAACACUCAAACAACCAGCAGACUCUCCCAUCUUCCCAUUUUAACUGAAGCACCCAACACCACAGAAGAACCAGCUGAAACAUGCAGAGUGGACCUUUCUUCUAUUUUGCUAAACAUGUCAUCAUCAGUGCUUGGAGAUUUUAGCAUCAAGCCUACUGACCCUAUAGAAAUGCAUGCACAACAGCAGUUUAUAAGCAACAAUCCACAAACUAUGACACAUGAGAUGCAUGCAGGUGGUGAGCAAUUUGGGGCCAUAAGAUCCACUGCUGGAUAUCCUUUGAGUAUAAGUGAUUUGGUGAAGUCAAAUUUGAUUUGGGACUCUUCUUCUUCAUGCCCUAGUGAAGUUUCAACAAGUUUAUCUACAUCUAAUUGCUACACUUGAUGGAUUAGAGCUGAGUAGAAAGUUUAAAGUGCUUUUUCUUAGGUGCUUAAUUAUGUAGUUUAGCUAGAGAUAUGGGAAGUUUUUGUAACUUAUUAUUAGUGUUCUUAUAAGAAGUUACAUGGGCUGUGUGUGGAAGUAAGCUAUCUACACCAAGUUGAUGAGUA